AGCAGAGCCACGACGGCCUGAGCCGCGGCUCAGCCCCCACCUCGCCGCAGACUUUUUGGGGAAGUUUUGGGCCGGGAAAGAGAGGAAGCAGGGGUGGAAGAAAGUCACGACUGAGCCGCGGAGUAAAUCCUGCAGCCAGUGAGGCUGGCUCGGAAGGUCGUGGCUGGAACGCAGCCACACGGGCGAUGUGAGCGUUUUGGUCCGGAUGUGGCACCAGCAUCUUCGAGCAUCGCGUUAGCCGGGAGCGGACAAACCCACCCCGAAACCCCUGGAAUCCCUGGGCGGAUUUCCAGCAGCAGGAGCAUCGGAUCCCCUCCAGCUUUUCCCCGCAGAGGCGCUGGUGCCCGACGGGACUGCUCGGCUCGCUGCAAUGGAGGAGGAUCCCACGCUGCAGCUCCGUGUCUUCGACCUCAACUGCUGGGCGAUCCGCUACCUGAGCAAGCGGCUGCAGGAGCGCCUGCAGCUCAUCGGGGACACCCUGUGCCAGGAGAGCUUCGACCUGGUGCUCCUCCAGGAGGUGUGGAGCGAGCAGGAUUACAGUGUCCUGAAGGAGAAGUUGGGAGGCUGCUACCCCUUCUCCCAUUACUUCAGGAGAGGGGUGAUCGGCAGCGGCCUAUGCGUCUUCUCCAGGUUCCCCAUCCUGGACACGUUCCUCUACCAGUACUCUCUGAACGGCUACCCCUACAUGCUCCAGCAUGGAGACUGGUUCUGCGGCAAAUCCGUAGGGCUCGUCGUUAUUAAGAUCUCUGAGAUAGUCUUCAACAUCUACGUGACCCACCUGCACGCCGAGUACUGCCGGGAGAAGGAUGCCUACCUGCCGCACCGCGUGGUGCAGGCCUGGGAGCUGGCGCAGUUCAUCCGGCACACCUCCGCGGCGGCCGACGUGCUGCUCCUGGGAGGGGACCUGAACACGCACCCCGAAGACGUGGGCAUCCGGCUGCUGCGCGGCUGGACGGGGCUGCGCGACGCCUUCGCCGAAGCCAAGGGCUUCGAGGGCUGCGAAGACGGCUGCACCCUGGUGCCGCGCAACUGCUUCGCCGCCAAGACGGAGCUGCAGCCCUUCCCGCUGGGCGUCCGCAUCGACUACGUCCUCUACAAGGCCACCUCCGAUUUUGUGGUGAAGUGCAAGGAGCUGAGGACCACGACGGGGACGGCGCCGGGCAAGGACAUCCCCUACUCGGACCACGAGGCCGUGAUGGCGACGCUGCACGUGCGGAGGCGGGACGGGGCCCCGGGGCCGGCCCGCGGCGCUGCCGGGCCGGCCCUGGCCGACGUGGUGAACGAAGCGAGCGCCGAGGUGCGCGCGGGGCUGCACGCGGCGCGGCGCCGGCGCUCCUCCUCGGCCCGGACGGCCGCGCUGGCUCUGCUGCUGCUGCUGCUGCUGCUGCAGGCGGCCGCGGGCCUGGGCACGCUGGCGGGCUGGGCCGCCGCGCGGCCCUUCCCCGCGCUCGCCUCCUGCCUGCUGGCCUUGCUCGCCGGCGGCGGGCUGCUGCUCGCCGCCGGCCUCUACCUCUUCCACACCGUGGAGGUGAGGAUGCUGCAGGGCGCCGAGGAGGAGAUGCGGCUGGCGCUGCACCGGUGCCUGGGCGCCGCCGGAGCCGGAGCCGGAGCCCGCGGCCGCCUCUCCCUGUAGUUGCCUCCUGGUUUUCGAGGAGCAGCGUCGCCUUUCCUGCUGCACUGAACCUUUGGGGACUGGGCUGUAGCAUUUUUGUACCACGACGGAGGCGUUUUUAACUGUGAUUUUUAUUAUUAUUAUUACUAUUUUUUAAACACACCCUUCGUGGCUUCCUGCGAGCCCCAAUACCAUCUCGGGGACCUUUCCCCAAGGACCCAGAGCUCUGGAUCUUCCCUGCUCGUCCCUGCCCCAGGUGGGCACUGACGGCCAGGAGAUGCUGCGAUGCUUUCCGCAGCCUCCCGCCGCGGCCGUGGGCUCUCCCGGGGUGGGGGGGGUGGGGGUCAGACCGGAGCCCGGUCCUGCCAGCCGGACGCAGCCGCGGUCUCUAACCCUGCCGGCUGCUCCGAAAGCUACGCUUGACUUGGAUAGCAAAUAAAGGCGGCGGUUUAGCCCUUUG